AUGGAUUUGGCGAUAUUUUCAGGAGCCCCAUUCGCUGUGGAGGCAGGCUCUGGGAAGCUACUAAAAUCGGGCUCCAGAAUGCAGUUAGGGAAUGGGGAAAGAGCUCUUUUUUGGCACGACCCUUGGUUAAAUAACUCAGCUCUCAAGACUCAAUUUCCUCGCCUGUUCUCGAUCGCAAGGCUACCCCUAGCCUCAGUGGCCGCAAUGGCUCAGAUAAAUGACCGUGGAUGCCAAUGGAAUAUUCCUUGGAUUAGAACUCUUAGAAUCCGAGAUCUAGAGGAAUGGGACCGGCUUUACCAGUUGCUUCUUCAAGUCAGAUUUCAGGAGGAUAAGGAGGACAAAAUGAUGUGGGAACCCAACAAAUCUGGCUCUUAUUCAGUAAGAUCCUUUUACACGGAACUUUCAAAAGGCUCGGGUUCAAGUUUGAAUCCGUGUUUACAGCAAAUUAUUCCCAAACUGUGGAAAAACCUUGUCCCAUACAAGAUAGAAGUAUUUUUUUGGUUAGCGUUGCAAGGAAGAAUCAACACAAAAAAGAAGCUUGCUCUUCUAAAAAUCCUUCCCAUGGAAGAGAUCAUAUGCUCCUUGUGCAAAUCAGACCCAGAAGACACCUCUCAUCUCUUUUUACACUGUCCUUUUGCUCAUGAAAUUUGGGGUUGGUGGUGGAAAAUGUGGGAUAUUUCUUGGGUAUGGCCAUCAAAUCUUGAUCAAGCAUUCGAACAAUGGGCUUUCCCUUCCUCAAAUAAAUUUUUCCGGAAAAUUUGGUCCUCGAUUUUUCUUGUGAUUGUGUGGUCGAUAUGGAAAGAACGCAAUUGUAGAAUUUUCAAUGGGCAGAUGAAUCAUCCGGAAUAUAUUCAAAAUCUGAUACUAGUCCGUUUGUGUUGGUGGGUUAGAGCAUGGAAGGAACCUUUCCCCUUCUCAGUUGAGGAGGUUAUAAGGAAUCCCAAAAGCCUCUUCUGGAAAAUGGAAGCGCGCAAUCAUCCCCGCAAAACAAGACCUUCCCAGCCUAGCCUAACAUGGUUUGUAGGUGCUUCCUCCUUAAUGCAGCGAGGAUCCUUGGGUGGAUAUCUUCUCAGUGGCGACAACAGAGUAAUCUGCCUAUUCUCGACUCCCUGCUCACCUUUACCACUUAACUCAGCUAUUGUUGCAGCUACUCAUAGAGCUCUGCAGAUCUCCCUUAACAUAGCAUCAAUCAAAUCCCAGCCUAUCAGAGUAGUUUCAUCUGCCUGGCAAGUAAGUCAAUGGUGUUCAUCCCCCGAAGGAGGCCCUUCCAAUCUCUCUUUCAUUUUGAAUUUCAUUCGCUCAUUACAUAAGAAAGGAAUGGCUACAAGUUUUGGCUUCCUCAAUGGGUGUGGGAAGAAAGUUGACAGAAUGUUAUCCGCCAAGGGCUUAUCUCGAUUCUCUGAUGUAGUAGUAUGGCUGUAG